AUGAAUAAUAUUCUUUCAUUUCUAUUUCAGAAUCACUUUACUUUCCACCAGCAGGGAGGAAAUCAAUCAACUACUACAGAAUUUAUCCUUCUGGGAUUUGGCAAUUUCCUUGAGCUGCGAAUAGUCCUCCUCAUAUUGUUUCUUCCUGUCUAUACUUUGUCCAUUGCUGGAAAUCUCCUAAUUGUUUCACUGGUUGUAGCUGACCAGCAUCUUCAUACCCCCAUGUAUUUCUUCCUUGUUAAUUUGUCUUGCUUGGAGACCUGUUACAUUUCAACCAUCCUGCCCAGGAUGCUGGCUAGUUUUGUAACUGGAGAUCAAUCUAUAUCUGUCUAUGGAUGCAUUGUACAAUAUUUCUUUUUUGGAGUUUUUGCAGCCACUGAAUGCUAUCUUCUAGCGAUGAUGUCUUAUGAUCGGUAUUUAGCAAUAUCAAUAUGCAAACCAUUACAUUACACCAUUCUCAUGAAUGGUAGACUCUGCCUCCAGCUGGCCCUCACAUCUUGGAUGAAUGGCCUGUUGACCAAUAUUAUCAUAACCUCUUUUUUGUUGGAACUUACUUUCUGUGGACCCAAUGAAAUUGAUCAUUUCUUUUGUGAUAUCUAUCCAGUGGCAAAUAUUUCUUGCAGCAAUACACGCUUAGUAAAACUUGCUUCAUUUAUUCUAGGCCUUAUGGGAACAGGCCCCCCUUUUCUUUUAACACUGGCCUCAUAUGUCUGCAUUCUUCAUACUGUCUUGAACAUUAAAUCCAAAAUUGCCCAGAAGAAGGCCUUUUCCACAUGUUCAUCUCAUCUCAUUGUGGUGACACUUUUCUAUGGGUCAGUAUUCCUUGUCUAUAUAGUUCCUGAGAUUGAAACAUUAAAAGAACUACACAAGAUCUUCUCUGUAUUCUACACUGUCCUGACCCCUAUGCUCAACCCUCUUAUCUACAGUUUGAGAAACAGGGAGGUGAAGGAAGCCCUCUUCAAAACCUUCAGGAAAGACAGCAGCAAAGUUUUAUAA